UUUUUUUAAAAUAAUUUUUAUUAUUUUUUAUAAUUCAUAAAAAUGUCAAAGUGGUUCUGCCUGAAAAAAAAAUCAAAAAAACGGGCGAAAGCCAAAAGUGCUGAUACUAUAACUUCCAUUACCCCUUCACGUUCUAAUGAUACCGAAAAACUAAACCUCACUGAAGAACGUCUGAAAUUAUGUGCUGAUGAGAUAAAUACUUUUUCUUUUGAAGAAAAGCCAAUAAACAUAAAGGUUGAAGAUUCUAAUACGACAUCUACCUCUAUCCCCUCUUCAUUCGCAUCUGAUUUAAAAAAAUUAAACAUCACUGAGGAACGUUUGAAACGUUAUGCUGAUGAGGCAAAUACUCUGUCUUCUGAUACAACAAUAACUUCUAAUACAGAAAAUGAAUUAAAGACUAAAGUUACAUUUUUGCGAGAAAAGGCUAUAUCCAAAACGCUCAAUAACAUCAAACUCUCAAUGAAAGUUGAUCUUUGCUUUGUUUUAGACUGCACAGAUUCUAUGGAGCCUUUUAUUGCUGCUGCUAGAGAUUGUAUCAUACAGGUGACAAACUACAUUAAACAUACAAAUCCAAGCAUUGAACUUCGGGUCGGUUUUUGUGGUUAUCGAGAUCAUUGUGAUGGAGAUGGUCGUCUACAAUUUUUAGAUUUUACCGACAAAUAUGAGCAAUUUAUAACAUAUAUGCAAAGUGUAUUUCAUUACGGUGGCGGUGAUGCUCCUGAGGAUGUUCUCGGAGGUCUUAAUGAAGCAAUAACCAAAAUGGAUUGGAAAAAUGGUACUCGUGUUCUUCUUCACAUUGGUGAUUAUCCACCACAUGGUACAAAAUUUACAGAUUUGUCAGAUAGUUAUCCAAAUGGUGAUCCACAUGGCCUAACCGCAGAAAAUGUCCUAGAAAAGAUGCAAUCAAAAAAUAUCCUUUACUUUUUUGGAAAAAUUACAGAUUAUACUGAAAUAAUGCUUCAAAUAUUCCGUGGUAUAAUUGCUACCUCAACAUCUAUUACUUAUGCUGUUUCAAUGACCAGUACUAUUGGAAGCGACUCCAAGUAUUUGUAUUCUUUUCAACGAAAAAAACUUGAUAUGAAUCCAAAUGAGCCUGAUUGGAUUAUUCUUCCGUUACAAGAAGGAAUAGUUAUGUGGUAUCCUAUUCUCGAUACUUUGGACGAACUUAAAGACCCAAAUUAUUUCAACAAAUCGAAUCUCUUUUCUAGAAGUUUCUCCUUUAAGAUUGCCUCACAACCAUUUUCUGCAGGUGCUGAAAAAUAUGCUUACUUUGGUCUUGAUAUCGAAAGAAAUCCAGCAAAAAAGAUGGUGAUAAAAGAAUACCUUCAUAUUGGGCGAAAUGAUUCUUUUGAAAAGUAUAUUGAGGCGGUAGAAAUCUCUACAAUUGCAUCUUUUCUUUCUACAGAAUUUAAUUUGAUUACAGAACGAAAAGAUCUUCCUAAAGUAAAAUUUCUCAAUGUAAAACUUUUACGUUGUGGAACUAUCGAUUUUAGUACUCGAUAUUAUACUAUUGAACCAAAAUUUCAUAAUAUAGAAUACAAACGAUUUAAUGCAAAUACUGGUGUAAUUACAGAACUUCGGCCUAUUCUUGAAGCUUUCGUCCAUUUCACGUAUGAAUACACCAAAGGAUACUUAGUGGUUUGUGAUCUUCAAGGAAUUGAACUUACUAAUGAGUUCUUAUUAACUGAUCCAGCAAUACAUUGUGUUGAUUCUUUAAGAUUUGGAAGAACAAAUUUUGGCAAAGAGGGAAUCAAUCAGUUGUUCUUGGCAAAUCAUAGAUGUAAUGAUAUUUGUAAACAACUAAAAUUAAAACAUAUUAGUAAUGGAUUAUCAGAAGAUGUAGCAUAAAGUCAUAUAAUAUUAAGAAUUUAUAGUUUGUAAAUAUUUUUUUUUUUUUUAAAAAAAAAAAAAUUAUCUGAAUUUUUUGAUCUUUUAUUAAAUUUUUCGCCAAAUGGUGAUUAAAAUGGUAAAAUAAAAGCCAUGAUGAUUGAUGAUGCAGAAAUUACAUGUAAUAUACAAAGCCAUCAUUUUACAAACAUUUUUAGAAUAAAGGCCUAUGUUGAAUCGUUCUCCACUCUGAGAGCAUUUUCGUUGGUUAAAUUAUAAGACCUUCCAAAUUAAUUCUCUCUUUUUUUGAAAAUUCAGAUUAAAUAUAU